UAUAUCUCCUUUGUUACUUCACUUUGAAGCUCAUAUUUAUGUCCAACUCAUCAUUUAUACCCAACCAAUAUGUAACUAAUAAAUUACCAUCAAAAUUGGGGUAAUCAAAAUGCGUUUGACUGACAGGUUAAUUCAACACGGUUAUAACAGUGUGACCGAUGAUUUUUACCACGUAAGAUUAAUAUAUGUUAAAUAAAAAAAUUAUUAUAUUAUCAGAUGGCAGAAUCCGGUGAGUCGCGGAGCAGAGUAGGAGCCUUAACGGCGGAGCUAGAAGGGGCAAAGGAAAGACUAGAGAAAGCCAAAGAAGAGAACGGGCUACUAUCCUUCUGCCUCCAAUCCCUCACAGACGAGCUCGACCGGACCAAACAAGAGCUCCAUAAACUGAAAGCAACAGACCAACAAGAACCGCAGCUUUCACCGCCAACCACAAUCCACCCCGACGUUGACGAAGAUCUCAAAUUCGUCGAGAAUGAAAAGGAAAGCAGCAGCAAUAAUAACACACCCCAAGACAACAAGAGAUGCGUGAAAUUUGCAAGCCCUCCUGACUUGGACCGUGUCAUCGUUUGUAAGGACAAAUUGUUGGCCCAUAAAUCAUCGCCCCCGGCUUCGGCUAAGACUCCCACAAGGUCGAAGAAGAAGAAUUUGGUCCCUUUGGUUGGAUGGCUUUUCGCUAAAAAGAAGGGAUAUUGAUUAUAAGGCCGGUUUUAUAAACACCUAAUAUCAUUUCAAAACCGACCAUAAUCUGGUUAAACGGAAUAAAUAUCAAUUUCAUAGAUGAA